UGCUGCUGCAGGAAGGGGAGCUCUGGGAGAGCUCGGAGGUUGGAUCUGCACCCGGCAGUCUAUCGCGGAAACGUACAAUUUUUAUAAACAAUAAAUAAGUGUCGGACUGCACAGGUUGAGACGCGUACGAGUGCUCGUCAAGCGGUCCAAUGGAGGAUGGGAAGCCGGUGUGGGCGCCCCACCCAGCAGAUGGGUUCCAGCUGGGGACCAUAGUGGACAUAGGCGCAAACAGCUUGACCAUCGAGCCGCUGAAACAGGGGCAAAAGAGCUUUACGGCCCAGAUCAACCAAGUGUUCCCAGCUGAGGAUGAUGUCAACAAACAUGUGGAAGACAACUGUUCUUUGAUGUACUUGAAUGAAGCCACUCUAUUAAACAACGUCCGCGUGCGGUAUAGUAAAGACAAAAUUUAUACGUUUGUAGCCAAUAUCCUGAUAGCAGUGAACCCGUAUGUUGACCUCCCAAAGCUCUACGCUCCAGAGACCAUUAAACAGUACCAUGGGAGGUCCCUGGGCACCCUGCCGCCCCAUGUCUACGCUAUCGCUGACAAGGCCUAUAGGGACAUGAGGGUGCUGAAGAUGAGCCAGUCCAUCAUCGUGUCUGGGGAAUCUGGUGCUGGAAAGACCGAAAACACCAAGUUUGUCCUCCGAUACUUAACAACGUCCUAUGGAACAGGUCAAGAUAUUGAUGAGAGAAUAGUUGAAGCCAAUCCCCUGCUGGAGGCUUUUGGGAAUGCUAAAACUGUCAGGAAUAAUAACAGUAGUCGCUUUGGGAAGUUUGUAGAGAUCCACUUCAACGAAAAGAAUACUGUGGUAGGUGGCUUUGUGUCCCACUACCUGCUGGAGAAGUCCAGGAUCUGCCAGCAGAGCCAGGAGGAGAGGAACUACCACAUCUUCUACCGGCUGUGUGCCGGCGCCUCAGAGGACAUCAGGACCAAGUUCCAUCUGGAAUCCCCAGACGCCUUCAGGUAUUUGAACAGAGGAUGCACUCGCUUCUUUGCAAACAAGGACACAGACAAACAGAUCCUUCAGAACCGCAAGAGCCCAGAGCACCUGAAGGCUGGGCCCCUGAAGGACCCUCUGCUGGACGACCAGGGGGACUUCAACAGGAUGUGUGGGGCCAUGAAGAAGAUCGGCCUGGAUGACACGGAGAAGCUGGACCUGUUCAGAGUGGUGGCCGGGGUUUUGCACCUAGGCAACAUCGACUUUGAGGAGGCAGGCAGCACAUCAGGUGGCUGCACCAUAAAGAACCAGUCGAGCCAGACGGUGGAGUACUGUGCUGAGCUGCUGGGUCUGGAAGAGUUGGACCUGCGAGUCAGCCUCACCUCCAGGGUCAUGCUCACCACAGCAGGGGGCGCCAAAGGAACAGUUAUCAAAGUGCCACUGAAAGUGGAACAGGCGAACAACGCACGGGAUGCCCUGGCCAAGGCUGUGUACAGCCGGUUGUUUGACCACGUGGUCACCAGGGUCAACCAGUGCUUCCCCUUCGACUCCUCCGCUAACUUCAUCGGGGUUCUGGAUAUCGCAGGCUUUGAGUACUUUGAGCACAACAGCUUUGAGCAGUUCUGCAUCAACUACUGUAACGAGAAGCUGCAGCAGUUCUUCAACGAACGCAUCCUGAAAGAGGAACAAGAGCUGUAUCAGAAGGAGGGUCUUGGAGUAAAUGAGGUCCAUUAUGUCGACAAUCAGGACUGCAUAGACCUUGUGGAGGCCAAGCUGGUGGGCAUCCUGGACAUCCUGGAUGAAGAGAACCGUCUACCUCAGCCCAGCGACCAGCACUUUGCAGAGACCGUACACAACAAGCACAAGAACCACUUCCGACUGACCGUGCCUAGGAAAUCCAAGCUGCAAGUCCACAGGAAUGUGAGGGAUGACGAGGGAUUCAUCGUCAGACACUUUGCAGGAGCAGUGUGCUAUGAGACGACCAAGUUUGUGGAGAAGAACAAUGACGCGCUGCACAUGUCCCUGGAGUGCCUGGUGAGUGAGUCUAAAGACCGGUUUAUCCGGGAGCUCUUUGAGAACUCCAACAACACCAAGGAUGCCAAACAGAAGGCCGGCAAACUCAGCUUCAUCAGCGUCGGCAACAAAUUCAAGACCCAGCUGAACAUUCUACUGGAGAAGCUUCGCAGCACGGGCUCCAGUUUCAUCCGCUGUAUCAAGCCCAAUCUGAAGAUGGUCAGCCACCAAUUUGAAGGGGCCCAGAUCCUCUCUCAGCUGCAGUGCUCAGGAAUGGUGUCUGUGCUAGACCUCAUGCAGGGAGGCUUCCCCUCCAGAGCUCCAUUCCAUGAGCUCUACAACAUGUACAAACAGUACAUGCCUGCCAAGCUGACCCGCCUGGACCCAAGGCUCUUCUGCAAGGCUUUAUUCAAAGCGCUGGGUCUGAACGAGAACGACUACAAGUUUGGGCUGACCAGAGUGUUCUUCAGACCUGGGAAGUUUAAAGAGUUUGAUCAGAUCAUGAAGUCGGACCCUGACCACCUGGCAGAGCUGGUCAAGAAGGUCAACCAGUGGCUCAUCUGCAGCCGCUGGAAGAAGGUCCAGUGGUGUUCCCUCUCUGUCAUCAAAUUGAAGAAUAAGAUGAUGUACCGCGCCAGUGCCUGCAUCAAGAUGCAGAAGACUGUGCGCAUGUGGCUGUGCAGGAGGAAGCACAAGCCGCGGAUCGACGGGCUGGGUAAGGUUCGUAACCUGAAGAACAGGAUGGAUAAGUUCAACGAGGUUAUCGCCGGCCUGAAGGAGGGCAAGCAGGAGAUGAGCAAGCAGAUCCAGGAGCUGGAUGUCUCCAUCAACGCAACCAUGGUCAAAAUCAAGACCACAGUCAUGACCCGCAUGGACAUCGACCACGAGUACCAGGCCCUGGUGACCCGGUCAGAGCAACUGCUGACCGCCAUGCAGAACAAGAAGAAGGAGGAGGAGGAGAAGGAGCGACUGAAGAAGAUCCAGGAAGAGAUGGAGAGAGAGAAGAAGAGGAGGGAGGAGGAGGAGCAGCGCCGCAAGCAGGACGAAGAGGACAGGCGCCUGAAAGCGGAGAUGGAGCUGAAGAGAAAACAUGAGGAAGAGGAGCGGAAGAAGAGAGAAGAAGAGGAGAGGAAGCUUCAGGCGGAGAUGGAUGUUCAGCUGGAGGCUGAGCGGGAGGAGGAGGCGGCGCGCCAGAACAUCCUGGAGCAGGAGAGACGCGACAGGGAGCUGGCCAUGAGGAUCGCCCAGAGCGAGGCUGAACUCAUCCCAGAGGAGAGCCAGAACGACGCAGGCCUGCGCAGUAACGGCACCUCAGGUGUUCCAUCGUCCCCAGAGAGAGCUACUGGAGCUGGUGGAUCUCAAAAGCUCAAGGGCAUGUCCAUGGAGGAAAUGGCCAAGGAAAUGUCUGAGCUUCUAUCUAGAGGCCCACAGGUUCAGGCCACCAAAGCUGCCGCUACUGCUGGAACCAAGAAGUACGAGCUCAGCAAGUGGAAGUAUGCCGAACUGAGGGAUGCCAUUAACACAUCCUGUGAUAUUGAGUUGCUGGCCGCCUGCCGAGAGGAGUUCCACCGCCGGCUAAAGGUCUACCACGCCUGGAAGUCAAAGAACAAGAAGCGCGGCAACGACACCGGCAACUCUGAGCAGAGGGCCCCCAAAUCAGUCACCGACUACGAUAUCGCACCUCAUGUGAGACGAGCACCUCAGGCAAACCCCGCCCCGCCCAUCCCAGCCAGGCAGCAUGAGGUGGCCAUGAACAGGCAGCAGCGCUACUUCCGCAUCCCCUUCAUCCGGCCCGGGGACCAAUACAAGGACCCCCAGAACAAGAAGAAGGGGUGGUGGUAUGCCCACUUUGACGGACCCUGGAUCGCCAGGCAGAUGGAGCUGCAUCCGGACAAGCAACCCAUCCUGCUGGUGGCAGGAAAAGACGACAUGGAGAUGUGUGAGCUGAGCCUGGAGGAGACAGGCCUGACGAGGAAGAGGGGAGCUGAGAUCCUGCCCCGGCAGUUUGAGGAGAUCUGGGAGCGCUGCGGGGGCAUCCAGUACCUCCGGAGCGCCAUCGAGAGCCGGCAGGCCCGCCCAACCUACGCCACAGCCAUGCUGCAGAGCCUCCUCAAGUAAAGGGUGUAGGGUGAAAUUGCCCCUAGUCGCUGAUCCUGGGUCAGUUUUUCAUUUUCCCCACUAAUGGUUAGGAUUGAGGAAGCUGAUCCUAGAUGUGUGCCUAGGCGCUAAAGACCCUGUCCCAAACCACAGGUCUCUAUCUCACUACAGCAAAGGGAAGAAUGCACUUAGAUACUGUACCUAACACGGCGGGCAUUCAAGCAUACUGUACCAUGUUUUGACUGGAGGUACUCAAGUCAUAAGUGAACUGCUUUUUGUUCAUUGUCCUUUUUUGUUUGUUCAUGUUAGUCUUGCCGGCUUUCAAUUGUCUUGUUGAUUAUUAUUUGUUGGUGGGUGCAGGGGAAUUUGCAGUGAACCUAUGCAGAGGAAUCAGACAGUGUGUAAUUAUUACAUCUAGUUUUGUUUCUUGAGCAAUUGUGAUGUUUUUCUUUAAUAUUCAUGCUACUUUAACUACGAGGCCUUAUAUAUAAAAAAAAACUACUUUAACAGGGUAAUUUGCUAAAAGUAGGGACUGUUUCAAAGCUGCGCCUCCAAAUAAGAGUUUUAAGAGUAUUAAAUCGUAGAUGUUUAUUAUUGUGUUGGUGGUUUAACCUGAAGUCUCAUCGUUUUGUCUCUCUGCAGUCUUAACAGCUUUUUGAUGAUUUCACGCAAACCAAUACUUGCUGUUUUACUUUGUUUUCAUGUAGUUAUUACAGGACAAUGCUUGCACAAAAUAGAUGUUGGAUCCAUGGGUGGAAAUGAGCUAGAACUCAUUCUGGGGGUGGUGGCGGUGGGGUGAUGAUGAUCUCUCUGUUCUCUCAUGUGAGACAGUUAUACUUGAGCGUCAGGUUCAUCUAAGGAUUAUUUUCAGUAACUGCACAUAAAUUCACAUUAAUUUCAAAUUAUUAUAUUUGAUAAUACUGAAAUGGUAACUUUUUUUUUAACCUCUGGCUUUCAGACCGAAUGUAAUUUGAGUUUGUUGAUUUGUUCCUUCAGUCCUUUUUGUUUAUUUGUCUUAUUCUUCGUAUAUGUGUGAUUUAGGUAUGCUAAUGAGAGAAAGAUCGAAAGAAAGCUGAAGAAAGAUAUUUCCUUUUCACUUUCCCCAACCAUGAAUUCCUGAAGCCACAUGGUUGAAAUUGAAAUGCAUUGUUUCAUGUUGUCCACACAAGGCUAUGAUAUUCCAAAUAUUGUCUUAAGAAGAAAAAUAAUGUACUAAUUAAACUUAAUUAUGAUGUGAAGAGAUUAUGUAUUACCUGAAGUGAAACAUACAAAUCUUGAGAUACUCUAGGAUUUCAAAUAGCGUUCAAGUCAUAAUGUUGGACCAAAUGUGCAUAUGGGAGCAGAACUGAAUGGUGAAAUCAUGUUGAAUGAAGUUGGUGGGGUCAAGAAGACAUCAAGCUCAUACAGUAGUCAACUAGUCUUCCCUUUCCUGGAUUUAUCUCAUAUUUCAAUAGACAGUUACGUACAUAAUAUUUUAUAUAAGCAUAUGAUACAAAGAGAGUAAUGUUUCUACAGGAAUGUACACAUUUAUUUUCAAAAGAAAUCUUUCUACUCUAAAAUCAAAGGGUUUGGGCACGACUCAUGUUUCUUGAAAAAGAGCUACUUUAAAAUGAAGCAAUAAUUCAUCCAAACAAAGCUACAAGGAGGAGGACAGCCUUUGUCAUGUACAGUACUGUGUGUUUUAGAGACAAUCUCUUGUGAGACUAGAACUACUCUCUUCAGGUAAGGCUAUUUGUUAGUCUGGAGUUUGUUUUCUAGCGCUUCUCAUUCCCUUUGACGCUCUGCACAAGCGAAAAGGCGACAUCGUGGUUGUUUGAAUGCAUGAGAUCUAUCCACUCAUGCUCGUGUCUGAGGCAUGUCUUCUUCAGUUUAGAUCUAAGUAUUUAUGUAUGACUUGAACACCAGGGUGUACUACUGUACUGUGGGGUCUCCUGGAAUAUCUCUUGUAAUGUACAACCAUUUACUGACUGGCUUCGAUAUGCUCUGUGUCUCUCCACGCGUUACAAUCAUUCCUCAAAUACUGCCUUUUCACUGUCACUUUCUAAUGCUGAUCUCUAACUGUUGAAAUAAACGCAUUCCAUCUUUCACUCAA